AUGAAGGAUUCAGAUGAAUCUAACAAAAACAUUAAAGGUAUUCCACCUGUUCAUAAUUCUCAAUUUGUUAUGCCAAUACAUAUCAACGGAACAUCAAAUGAUAACGAUGAUAUAAUUGCUAUUAUUGGAAUGGCUGGAUGUUUUCCCGGUGCAAAAUCAGUUGAUGAGUUAUGGGAAAUAGUAACAACUGGUAAAAAUGCAUUACAUAGGUUUACAGACAAAGAACUUGAACAACUAGGAAUACCAGCUUCUCUACGUUCUAAUUCAAAUUACGUGCCAACAUGUGGUCUACUUGCGGAUAUUGAUAAAUUUGAUGCAAAUUUUUUUAACAUAAAUGCACAAGAUGCAAUUAAUAUGGAUCCACAACAACGUUUAUUAUUGGAAAAAAGUGUUCAAGCUUUAGAUGAUGCAGGAAUUGAUCCAAGAAGAGAAAAAGGAAAAAUUGGUGUAUUCAUUGCUGCAGAAUAUAGUAGAUAUAAAAAAUUAAUACCUCAAAAUAAUAUAGAUAUUGCAACAAAGUUGACAAUAGACAUUAACCAUAUACCUGGAGGUCUAGCGACAAUAAUUUCAUAUUUAUUGAAUCUUACGGGUCCAGCGUUUAGUAUUGGUUCUACAUGUUCUAGUUCCUUAACAGCUCUAAAAACUGCUUACAAUAGUAUUAAAUGUGAGGAUUGUGACAUUGCAAUAGUCGGUGCCUCAUGGAUGGAGCUUCCUCAAGCUGGAUACAUGGCACAACCUGGAUUUAUUUAUUCUACCAAUGGAACAAUGCGUCCUUUUGAUCAUAAAUCAGAUGGAACCAUAUUUACAAGUUCAGUGUCCGUUAUAGUGCUAAAAAAAUUAUCCAAUGCAAUAAGGGAUCAAAAUCCGAUUUCAGCAAUUAUUAAAUCUAUUGCAAUAAAUAAUGAUGGUAAAAAUAAUAAAGCUAGUUUUAAAGGACCAAGUUUAGAUGGGCAAUGUGAUGUGGUUAAAAAAGCAUUGCAAUUGGCAAAAAUUUAUCCUUCUGAAAUAGCAUUUAUAGAAGCUCACGGAACAGGUACUAGAGUUGGUGAUCCAAUUGAAAUUAAAGCAUUAUCAAAAGCGUUUUUUGAAAGUUCACAAGAACUUCCAAAACAAUUUUGUGCAGUUACUACAGUAAAAUCUAAUAUUGGGCAUUGUGUCAUUGCAUCAGGAUUAGCAGGAAUUAUAAAAACUGUUAAAUCAUUGGAGAAUCGCAUUAUUCCUCCAAUGGCAAGCGGAUCUUUUGAAAAGUCAAAUAAGAAGAUUGAUUUUGAAUCAAGUCCAUUUUAUGUUGCUACCAAACUACAAAAAUUUGAAGGACAGAGAACUAUGUAUGCUAGUGUUUGUGGAUUUGGUAUGGGUGGAACUAAUGUACAUUGUAUCCUUGCCGAAUAUUUAAAGGACUCACAAGAAACAGAAGAAUAUUCUGACGAAACUGAUAAAUUUAUUUUGCCAUUUUCGGCUAAAUGUCAAACAAGUCUUUUAGAGAUAGAGAAAAAAAUGAUUAUACAUUUAGAGUCUCUUAAAGAUAAUAAUGCUUUGAAAAACGUUGAGAAAACCCUUCAAAUUGGUCGAAGUCAAUAUAUCUUUAGAGACGUAGUUGUUGCUUCAUCUCUUUCAGAUGCUAUAUCACAACUUAAAAUGAUCAGGAUUAAUAAAAAAGUAAAAUUUUCAUCGCCAAAUAUUAUCUUUGCGUUUCCUGGACAGGGAAAACAUUCUAUCACAAUUCACCGGCAACUUUAUAAGUCUUCAAAAUUUUACAGAGAAAAAUUUAUGGAAUAUGUUAAAAUUUUGCAGAAUUAUGAUCCUACUGUACCGAAUCUAGAAAAUUAUCUCUUGGACACCACACAAGAAUUGGAUAUAAAAUAUUAUCCAUUAUUAGUUUUUAUGUCAAGUCAUAUAAUAGCCGAUAUUCUUCAAAAAAUUUUUAAAUAUCCUAUAGCUGGAAUGAUAGGACAUAGCCUUGGACAAUACGUGGCCGCUACAUUAGCUGGUAUCUUCUCAAUCGACAUUGCAUUACCUUUAGUAUUAGAAAGAAUUAAUGUUAUGCAUAAAAUGGAAAAGGGAUUAAUGUUAGCAGCAAAUAUUAGUAAUGAAAUAGCAAUAAACUUUGUAAAGACUGAAAGAAUCUCAUUGGCAGCAGUAAAUGAACCUGGGCAAUGUGUAUUUUCUGGAAACCUUGACGAUAUAAAAGAUUUGGGAAAAACACUUAAAGAAUGUGGAUAUAAAGUUAAACAACUUUUGACUACACAUGCAUUUCAUUCUCAUAUGACAGAUAGUAUACUAGAUGAAUUUGAAACUAAGAUUUAUCCAUUAAUUUCACAAGCUGCUAAAUGGAAUCAAAUGAUAAAUAUUCCAUUCAUAUCAAAUGAGACUGGUGAUUGGGUAAAGCCGGAAGAAGCAUUUACAACAAAUUUUUGGAGAACACAUAUACGAAAAACUGUUCAAUUUGAAUCUGGAAUCAAUACGAUACAAUCAACAAUUCCAAAUGCAAUAUUCGUCGAAGUCGGACUUUAA